AGUGAUCGCGUUCAAGGCAAAGGUAAAACGUGAAAGGCUGCCGACAGAGACAGACUCAGAGGAAGGGCCAAAACAUGACAGGGAAGGACGAGUUCGUUCGGUAUUCACCCCUUCUCGCGAACCCUAGCCUUAACCCUAACACUGACCCGGCGAAUCAAAACGUCGUCGUAAUCCUCCCCGCCUACCGUCCUACCUACAGCCGUCGCCGCCGUCGGUAUCUCCACUUCUCCGGCGCAAUCUUCCUCAUCCUUUUCCUAGCCGCCGCUACUUUCUUUCUCUACCCGUCGGAUCCCAGUAUUCGGGUUGCCCGAAUCCAUCUCAACCAUAUUGGGAUCAAGACCUCUCCGAAACUCGUCCUUGACCUUUCGUUCUUCCUCACCGUUAAGGUCCAGAAUAGAAAUUUCUUCUCCCUUUCCUAUGAUUACAUCAACGUGUCCGUGGGUUACCGAGGAAGAGAUCUCGGGAGUGUGAGUUCCGACGGUGGCCACCUCAAAGCGAGGGGUUCGUCCUACAUGAAUGCCACGCUUGAUCUGAAUGGAUUUCAAGUCAUCCAUGAUGUCUUUUACUUGCUUGAAGAUUUGGCUAGGGGUGUCAUUCCCUUUGAUGCUGAAACGCGAGUCGAAGGGAAGUUGGGGCUGCUCUUCUUGGAUUUUCCAUUGAAGGCUACGGUAUCGUGCCUGGUGUAUGUGAAUACGAACAAUCAGACUGUUGUGCGUCAAGACUGCUACCCUGAGUCAUUGGGUUGAAAUAAAGGAUUCACUCUAUGGCCUGAUAAUAGUACACUGAAGCAGAGUCACUGGAGCUGGAGGUGCUUGUUCAUUACCAAAUUUUAUUGAAUCCUUCACGUAGUGGUGUAACUUGACGCGGUUUCUUAUUUAUUGUGCUGUAUAUGAAAUAUGAAUCAAAGCCUUGUAAAUAAGUUCUUGUGGAUCCAAUUUAGUUGAUCAAUAAUCUUACACUUCUCUUAUAUACAA